AUGGGGGCGUGUCUGAGCAUGUGUGAAUCCACCCCGGACGUGCCGGCGAACAUCAUCGCCGAUCCCGAGGGUCCGAGUAAGUUCGUCGUCAAGUCAUGCUCGAUGUUCAACAAGGAUUACGAGGUGUAUCGCGACGCGGUGGACGUGAACAACCGCUGGCUGUUCAUGAACCGAAGCGGAAAGGGAAUGUUCGAUCCCACCGGAUACAUCGACCUCGAGAACUACGUGCGAAUCAACCCGGAGGAUAAGAAGAAGGGCCAGGUGCUCUGGAAGGCUAAGUAUAACGAGCGACCGAGUUUUCAGAUGGGCAUGUCGCUCGGUGCCGAUUCGGAGGACGACGGCGACUCAAACGGCAUGGUCCAGUCUUUGACCGGAAUGUUCUCGCGGAUGGCGAACACGGGUAACGAUAGAUUCUACUCAAUGAAGUGGAGAACUUUCUCCGAGGCCAAGAUCAGGUCGGUGAAGACUCCGGGACAAGAGUACAGCGUGAAAAUCAAAGCCAAGGGCUACUGCACGAGAACAGUCAACAUUACAUACGAGCGCGAUGAAAACGGCCACCGACAUCGCAGGGUGUCCGUUCAAGAUCACAAAUACGUGACGAAGAUCUCGUACAAGAUCAAGCAAGCCGAUGGCACGACGAUCGAACGCUUCGACAUGUACCCGGGCGACGGCGGUUACUUCAGCGGCCCCGAAAUGGUCUGGGAGUGCGGCGCCUUCACCGCCAAGCUCAAGGGGGGUUUCUUCUCCAACUACCCGCACGAGAUCGAGACGAAGCCCGGUAUCGACCCCGGUUUCGCCCUCAUCUUCGCCCACAUCUGCGUCACCGAGUUCGCCCCGGAUGAGAUCAAGAAGGACCUCAAGCCGCAGUGGAACCUGUGCCCGGGAUACGUCAACCCGUAUUAA